GUUUUGGAGAUGUUAUUUUUAUAUUAAGACAUCAAGCCACUGGAUUUCAAAUCCCAAAUGUACAUUGCCAAACUAGUUGUUAUCUCUACUGCUUACAAGAAUUCAGACAUUUUUUUUGGUCAGAAGAUGUACAUUGUUUCAUGGCAUUCUGUAAAAGGAAGAGUUAAUGGUAUCUUAGUAUGACCCUGGUGGUUGUAGCUAAGGUGAGUUGAUUCGCCAAGGGAAUGAACAGCAGGUGUUGUUAGGUAUCUGAAUGUGUGUGUGUGAGUAGGGAAAAAGCGUAGGUUAAUGGUGUUGUGCUGUAUUUUGUGAGUUUGAGGGUUUGAGUUUUAUACUUGUCCUUUAAUCACCUGAAUUGUUUUUCACAAAGUGUCCUUUAUGACUGAAUUUUCCUGUAUUGCAAAAAAUGUUGAAAAUAGAAGGACCAACAGUCUCAGGAGGAAUUGAUCAGGAUUCCUUCAGGGAGGUUCCUUCUUCUGCACAGGGCAGCUCGGGUCAUGUUGAUGUUGCCUGUGCAAAGUGGAGUGAAGUUCUGUCAGGGCCAGUGAAUUCAAAGGGGCUGUAGGACCCACCUAGACCCAUCCCUUCUCAGUAGGCUGCCAAGGCAGUUGCAGAGCUGACCCUUCUAGUUCUGUGCCAGCCCUUCAUAUUCCCUUGGCUGCAUAACAAGUAUGAUCCCAUUGGAUCACCUCUGACCUAAACCAAACAGGCCAUAGCUUUCUGCAAAUGCCUUAGACACUUUGGGGGAAAUUCUUAAAAGACACCAUGCAGUCAAGAAAAAUAGGUCAUUGACCUGUAAAACCCACUGUUAUAUAGACUGAAGCCCUUCCGUCCCCUCCUUUUACACUAGCAAUGGAAUAGCCCUUGGUGCACUUUGGUUAUUUUGCCCUGGACUGGAUCCAGAGUUAUGUUUGACUAAUGAAAGCAUCCAAAACCUGUGAGCUGCACAGUCCCAUUUAGUUGUUUUUUCUUUAUUCUUUACCUACUCUAAUGAUUUAUAUUACAGGUAGUAGCACCAAUCCUAGGCAACCAGAAGAACCACCACAGCUGGCCACAUGUGGUAUCACAAGACAUUAUGCGCCAUGUCCACAGCCUAAAAAGUAAUAUUUUCAUGAUUGUUGGUCAAGUAAAGGGCAAGACCUUACUUCCUCUUCCAGCAGGCUCUGAGAAAGUUGAAUGUAUAGAUUAUGAAAAAGAAAAAAUUGGAAAACUAGUAGAUAAAUCUGUUAUACAUGCCAUUGAAUCAGCAGUUAUAGAUUGGAGUUACCAGAUACAAGGAGCAUUGAAGAGAGAAUCAUCAGAGCCUCUUCUACAAGGCAGCAACCCCAACCCAAAGGUGGAAUUAGAGUUCUGGAAAAGCAGGUAUGACAAUUUGGAAUGCAUUUACAAUCAGCUAAAUGCCAGGAAGGUUAGGAAUAUGGCAGAACUUCUGGACAGAGUGCAGAGCAGCUACUUCCCAUCCUUCAAAGCAAUGUUCAGAGAUGUUGCAGCAGCUUUGAGUGAGGCCCAGGAUAUUAACCUGCAUCUGACACCUCUUCAACAUCACUUGGAGGAAAUAGAAACAGUGGAAUUCAGUGAGGUGAAGUCAUUGGUCAGCUCCUUGCUCCAUGUGGUGUGUUUAAUCUGGGCCACAUCUAAGUACUACAACACACCUGCACGGAUAAUAGUGCUGCUUCAAGAAAUAUGCAACCUGCUGAUUCAACAGGCUCGGAACUACCUGAACCCAGAAGAUAUUCUGAAAGGAGAAACAGAAGAAAGUCUGGGUAAAGUGCAGGAGGUGCUUGGCAUAUUGAACCACUUCAAGCAGACAUUUGAGGAACGAAGAGAAAAUCUCUACAUAUACUUUAAACCUGACCAAGAGAUGAAAGAAUGGGACUUUCAGUCUCUCUUAGUUUUUGCAAGAUUGGAUGGUUUUCUAAGAAGACUUAAGAUUGUAGAGGAUCUCCUAGCAACUGCCUUGGACAUAAUGAAGCUGGAAAAGAUAGAGUUCAGCGGGAUAAAAGGGAAGGCUCUAAGCCAGCAAGUCUCGAGCAUGUAUGAAGAGUUCCAGGAAGUGUAUAAAGUAUUGUCAGACCGUAGCUACGAUUGCCUUGACACGACAAACUUGGAAUUUGAACAAGAUGCUUCUAACUUCAAGCAACAAGUAGAAGAUAUGGACAGACGGCUGGGGACUAUUUUCUGCCAGGCUUUUGAUGAUGCAUCUGACUUGGAGCAUGCUUUCAAGUUGCUGGAUAUGUUUGGAAGCCUUCUGGAACGUCCACUGAUAGCUGCUGAUGCUGCCGAUAAAUAUCCUUUGCUCAUUACUAUGUUUGACAGAGACCUAGAAGAUGCUAAAAUGAUCUACUGUAGGCAUAUUCAAAAGGAGAUGGAGUUAGGCUACGCCCCUGUACACAGGAAUAUGCCGUUUGUUGCUGGGGCUUUGCGUUGGGCUCAGGAACUGAGAGACCGGAUCCAAUUUCCAUACAGUAAUUUUAGGCAUAUCACACACACAUGCAUGGAAUCUGUUGAAGGAAAAAGAAUGAAACAGAAGUAUCAAGAUAUAAUACAAUUGCUAGAAAGGUAUCAGGAAAAGCUCUAUAAGGAAUGGUCCCAGACAGUAUCUGAAAAAUCAGAGUACAACCUCACUCAGCCACUUAUCAGACGAGAUCAAGAGACCAAGUUGAUUGCAGUCAAUUUUGAUCAUCAGCUGGUUUCAGUGCUUAGGGAAGUGAGUUACUUGACAGGAAGCCAGAUGGAGAGCAUCCCGCAGACAGCAGCAGAAUUCUACGCCUCCAAGGAAUCAUACCGGAAGCUGGUGGCUAACUUGGAACUGAUGGUGAACAGGUACAACAAGAUCCUAAGGACAGUUCUUGAGGUAGAAUACCCUCUAAUAGAGAGACAACUUCAUGAUAUUGACUUGCACCUGAAAGAUGCAGAAGAGAUGCUAAACUGGAAAAUGGAAGGCCUCUGGGAUCACAUCUCUGAAGUGAUUGACAGUGUUCAUGACCUUGAGAAAAGGGUCCAGAAAGCCAAGGACAAUACGGAGGAGAUUCAGAAUAUCAUGAGAUCUUGGGUGUCACCCAUUUUUGAAAGGAAAGAUGGGAAAAGAGAAUCACUGUUUAGUUUGGAUGACCGGCAUGAAUCAUUGGAAAAGCGUUACCAGCUCAUCAAAGAAUCUGGGCUUAAGAUUCAUUCUUUGGUGAAGGAAAACCUGAGCCUAUUCAUUGCAAACCCCACUUCUGACACCUGGAAAGCAUACAUUGAUUAUGUGGAUGAAAUGGUCCUGGAUGGGUUCUUCAGUGCUAUUGAGUGUUCACUGAAGUAUCUUCUGGAAAACACAGAUCCCAAGGCAGGACUCGCCCCCCUAUUUGAGGUACAACUGGAUUUGGUGAAGCCAGAUUUGGUAUUCCACCCUUCUCUGGACCCUGGUGCUAAUGAUGGCUUUUAUGACAUCAUAGAAGGACUCAUCAACGACAUCUACCGAAUCUCAUCGUUGGUACCGAGACUAACUGAGCACAGCAUUUUCCCUCAUUAUCAGGCUGAUAUGGAGGAGAUGAGUGAUUUAGCUGACAUGCGCCACAACCUGAUGGAGCGUGUUCAGAACAUUAUGUCAAUUUGCUGUGACUACCGCAGUUCCUUUGACCAUUACUCAUACCUCUAUGGGGAUGACCGGAAAGAAUUCAUACGCCAGUUCCUGCUGUAUGGGCAUGUCCUUACUGCAGCAGAAAUUGAAGCCCAUGCUGAAGAUGGUGUUCCAGAGACCCCUCCCACAUUGCAACAGUUCAAAGAACAGAUAGACUCAUAUGAGAAGAUAUAUGAUGAAGUCAACCGCAUGGAGACGAUGACAGUUUUUGAUGGUUGGAUGAAAAUUGAUGCCCGGCCCUUUAAAGCUUCUCUGCUUAAUGUAAUCAAAAGGUGGAGCCUGAUGUUUAAGCACCACCUCAUUGAACAUGUCACACAUAGUUUGGCUGACCUUGAAGAGUUUAUAAAAAUUGCUGAUAGAGGUUUGGGCAAAAAAGUUGAAAAAGGAGAUUAUGAUGGGUUGGUAGAGAUUAUGGGUCACCUGAUGGCUGUUAAAGAAAGACAGAGUAGUACUGAUGAGAUGUUUGAGCCCUUAAAGCAAACCAUUGAACUACUGAAGAUAUAUGAGCAAGAACUGCCAGAGGAAGUAUAUAAACAACUUGAGGAGCUGCCAGAAAAAUGGAACAACAUAAAGAAGCUGGCAAUAACUGUGAAACAGCAUGUGGCUCCUUUGCAGGCAAAUGAAGUGACAGUUCUUCGCAAGGGCUGUGCAGCAUUUGAUGUUGAGCAGCAUAAAUUUAGAGAAAAAUUUCGCAAAGAGGCACCAUUCAGGUUUGAUACUGAAAAUCCUUACCAAAUACUGGAUGCAAACCACAUUGAGAUUAAACAAAUGGAGUCAACCAUGGCUUCAAUUUAUGAAUCAGCUGGUUUGUUUGAAGUCGGUGUUCCAGAUUAUAGACAGCUAAAGCAAUGCAGGAAGGAAGUUUGUCUUCUCAAGGAACUCUGGGAUAUGAUCUCUGUUGUAGACUCGAGCAUCAACGAUUGGCAGACCACAAAAUGGAAGGAUAUUAAUGUUGAAAACAUGGACAUUGAGUGCAAAAAGUUUGCUAAAGAUAUUCGAAACUUAGAUAAAGAAAUGAGGGCAUGGGAUGCUUUCAUUGGGCUGGACAAUAGGGUGAAGAACACCCUGACAUCUCUGAGGGCUGUGGCAGAACUUCAGAAUCUCGCCAUUAGGGAAAGGCAUUGGAACCAGCUGAUGCAGGCAACAGGUGUGAAAUUCACCAUGGAUGCAGAUACUACUCUGGCUGAUCUGCUGCAACUCAACCUCCAUAACUUUGAGGAUCAGGUUCGCAGCAUUGUGGAUAAAGCAGUUAAGGAAAUGAGCAUGGAAAAGGUCUUAAAAGAACUUAAAACAACCUGGAGCAGCAUGGAAUUCCAAUAUGAACCUCACCCCCGGACAAAAGUUUCCUUGUUGAAAUCUGAUGAAGAUCUAAUUGAAACUUUAGAAGACAACCAGGUACAGCUGCAGAAUCUAAUGACUUCCAAGUAUAUUGCCUUCUUCCUGGAGGAAGUAUCUGGAUGGCAAAAGAAGCUGUCUGCAGCAGACUCUGUCAUUUCUAUCUGGUUUGAAGUGCAGCGUACAUGGUCUCACUUGGAAAGCAUAUUCAUAGGCUCAGAAGAUAUCCGGUCACAACUCCCUGAGGACUCCAAACGUUUUGAAGGAAUUGAUGCUGAUUUUAAAGAACUGGCCUAUGAUGCUAAGAAAACUCCAAAUGUAGUUGAGGCUACCAACAAGCCAGGUCUAUAUGAAGAACUGGAGGAUAUUCAGAGCAGAUUGUCUCUGUGUGAGAAAGCCUUGGCUGAAUAUUUAGACACCAAGAGAUUGGCCUUCCCCAGAUUUUACUUCAUUUCUUCUGCAGACUUAUUAGACAUUCUUUCCAAUGGCACCAACCCAGAACUAAUUCAACGCCAUCUUUCAAAACUAUUUGACAACUUGGCUAAGAUGAAAUUUCAAGUGGACUCUGAGCAAAAUCCAACCAAAACUGGUUUGGGAAUGUAUAGUAAAGAGGAGGAGUAUGUUGGCUUCAGUGAUCCAUGUGACUGUAGUGGACAGGUUGAAGACUGGUUAAAUCAUGUGUUGGAUAAUAUGAGGGCUACUGUGAGACAUGAGAUGACAGAAGCUGUGACUGCUUAUGAAGAGAAACCAAGAGACCAGUGGCUCCUUGAUUACCCAGCCCAGGUAUCCUCUUUGACCAGCCCAGUAGGGAAAGCAUCUUGUUGUGAGCUCUUCCUUUGCUCUCUAUUAGUGGACAGUGCCCAGGCAUUUAUUUGGCUGUCACAGCUUCGGCACCGGUGGGCUGAUGAAGAAAAGCACUGCUAUGCGAACAUAUGUGAUGCCCAGUUUCUUUAUUCAUAUGAAUACCUUGGUAACACACCUCGCCUUGUAAUCACUCCCCUGACAGACAGAUGCUACAUCACCCUUACCCAGUCUCUGCACCUCACCAUGAGUGGCGCCCCUGCUGGGCCUGCAGGGACUGGUAAGACAGAGACCACCAAGGAUUUGGGGCGAGCCCUUGGCAUCAUGGUAUACGUGUUUAACUGCUCUGAACAGAUGGAUUACAAGUCUUGUGGGAACAUUUACAAAGGCCUUUCCCAGACCGGUGCUUGGGGCUGUUUUGAUGAGUUUAAUAGAAUCUCAGUUGAGGUACUUUCAGUAGUAGCUGUACAGGUAAAGAGCAUACAGGAUGCUAUAAGAGACAAAAAACAACACUUCAACUUCCUUGGAGAAGAAAUUAAUUUAGUACCCUCUGUGGGUAUUUUCAUUACUAUGAAUCCUGGUUAUGCUGGACGAACUGAGCUACCUGAAAACUUGAAAGCCCUUUUCAGACCAUGUGCAAUGGUUGUGCCAGACUUUGAGCUGAUCUGUGAAAUCAUGUUGGUGGCUGAGGGAUUCAUUGAAGCCCGGCUGUUAGCCAGAAAGUUCAUUACUCUUUACCAGUUAUGCAAAGAGCUUCUCUCAAAACAAGAUCACUAUGACUGGGGCUUGCGCGCAAUUAAGUCAGUUCUAGUUGUUGCUGGAUCUCUUAAGAGAGGUGACCCAGAUCGGCCUGAAGACCAAGUUCUUAUGCGCUCUCUUCGUGACUUCAACAUCCCUAAGAUUGUGACAGAUGACAUGCCAGUGUUCAUGGGACUAAUUGGAGAUCUUUUUCCUGCUCUCGAUGUACCCAGAAAACGAGACUUGAAUUUUGAAUCAGUUGUGAAGGAGGCUGUGUUGGACCUAAAACUGCAGGCUGAAGACAACUUUGUGCUCAAAGUGGUGCAGCUAGAGGAGCUUCUGGCUGUGCGACACUCUGUUUUUUUGGUGGGUAAUGCUGGAACAGGCAAAUCUCAGGUUUUGAAAUCUCUUUACAAGACUUACCAAAUAAUGAAGCGUCGCCCUGUCUGGACAGACCUCAACCCCAAAGCAGUCACCAAUGAUGAACUUUUUGGCAUUAUCAACCCAGCAACAAGAGAAUGGAAAGAUGGACUUUUUUCAUCGAUCAUGCGAGAGCUGGCCAACAUCACACAUGAUGGUCCUAAGUGGAUGGUACUGGAUGGGGAUAUUGACCCAAUGUGGAUUGAGUCUCUUAAUACUGUCAUGGACGAUAAUAAGGUGCUGACAUUAGCAAGCAAUGAAAGAAUACCCUUGAACCCAACUAUGAGGCUGCUCUUUGAGAUCAGUCACCUUCGCACAGCCACUCCAGCAACAGUGUCCAGAGCAGGGAUUCUGUACAUCAACCCAGCAGACUUGGGCUGGAAUCCUCCAGUGAGCAGUUGGAUUGACAGACGAGAAUACCAGUCAGAACGUGCUAACCUGACCAUUUUGUUUGACAAGUACCUGCCACCUUGCCUGGAUACACUUAGAGUGAGAUUUAAGAAGAUUAUUCCUGUUCCAGAGCAGAGUAUGAUUCAGACAUUAUGUUUCCUCCUUGAAUGUCUCCUGACUAAGGAAAACACUCCUCCUGAUUGUCCCAAGGAGCUCUAUGAACUUUACUUUGUUUUUGCUGUUGUCUGGGCCUUUGGUGGAACAAUGUUCCAAGACCAGCUUGUAGACUACAGAGUAGAGUUCAGUAAGUGGUGGGUGACUGAGUUUAAGACCAUCAAAUUUCCUUCUCAGGGAACUGUCUUUGAUUUUUACAUUGAUCCAGAAACAAAGAAGUUUGAGCCUUGGUCUAAACUUAUCCCCAAAUUGGAAUUUGAUCCAGAACUGCCAUUACAAGCUUGUCUGGUGCCUACUAGUGAAACCAUACGAGUAAGAUACUUCAUGGACAAGCUCCUGGAACGACGGAGGCCAGUCAUGCUUGUGGGUAAUGCAGGCACUGGGAAAUCUGUGCUGGUAGGAAGCAAACUCUCUUCACUGGAUACUGAUGAGUACAUGGUGAAGAAUGUUCCAUUCAACUAUUACACCACCUCAGCCAUGCUUCAAGCUGUACUUGAGAGGCCUCUGGAUAAAAAGGCUGGUAAGAAUUAUGGUCCACCUGGCACCAAAAAGCUCAUCUACUUCAUUGAUGAUAUGAAUAUGCCUGAAGUAGACACAUACGGGACAGUACAGCCCCAUACACUCAUCAGGCAACACCUGGACUAUGGCCACUGGUAUGACCGAAACAAAUUGUCCCUGAAAGAGAUCAUGAACGUGCAAUAUGUGUCAUGUAUGAACCCUACUGCAGGGAGUUUCACAAUCAACUCACGUCUUCAGCGUCACUUCAGUGUGUUUGCACUCUCAUUUCCUGGAUCAGAUGCUUUGUCCACCAUCUACAGCACCAUCUUAACUCAGCAUCUGAAAAGUGAGAAUUUCCCUGGGCCUCUGCAGAAAUCUGCUCAGCAACUAAUAACCCUGGCACUUGGUCUGCACCAGAAAGUAGCUGCUAUGUUUUUGCCAACAGCUAUCAAAUUUCAUUACAUUUUCAAUCUACGAGAUUUCUCCAAUAUCUUCCAAGGCAUUCUGUUUUCAACCCCGGAAUGUCUGAAGCAUCCCCAAGACCUAGUAAAGCUCUACCUGCAUGAGGCAAACCGUGUGUACCGGGAUAAGAUGGUUGAUGAAAAAGAUUUUGACAUCUUUGACAAAAUGCAGAUGGAGAUGGUGAAGAAAUUCUAUGAUGAGACUGAGGAGAUGCUAGAACAGACCAAGAAGAUGAACAUGUAUUGCCAUUUUGCAAAAGGUAUUGGGGAAUCCAAAUACAUGCCUAUUCAGACCUGGGAGUCGUUGAACCAGAUCCUUGUAGAAGCUUUGGAUAACUACAAUGAAGUCAAUGCUGCCAUGAACCUGGUCCUUUUUGAAGAUGCCAUGUGCCACAUCUGCCGCAUCAACCGUAUUCUAGAAUCACCCAGAGGAAAUGCUCUCCUUGUUGGUGUAGGUGGAAGUGGCAAGCAGAGCCUGACAAGACUUGCAGCUUUCAUUAGUUCAUUGGAGGUUUUCCAGAUCACUCUGAAGAAAGGUUAUGGGAUCCCUGACUUGAAGGCAGACUUGGCAAGCCAGUACCUUAGAGCCGGAGUGAAGAAUAUUGGCACUGUAUUUCUUAUGACUGAUGCACAAGUGGCUGAUGAAAGGUUCUUAGUGCUGGUGAAUGACUUGUUAGCUUCAGGUGAAAUUCCUGAUCUCUUCCCUGAUGAUGAAGUUGAAAACAUCAUCAGCAGUGUGAGAAAUGAAGUCAAGAACCAGGGACUAAUGGACACCAAAGAAACAUGUUGGAAAUUCUUCAUAAAUCGGGUUCGACGACAACUAAAGGUUGCACUUUGUUUCUCACCUGUUGGUAACAAGCUGAGAAUUCGCAGCAGGAAGUUCCCGGCCAUUGUGAGCUGCACAGCAAUAGACUGGUUCCAUGAGUGGCCUCAAGAGGCAUUAGAAUCUGUCAGCAUGCGCUUCCUGCAAGGAACCCAGAAUAUUGAGCUUUCAGUCAAAGAUUCCAUAAGCAAGUUUAUGGCAUAUGUCCAUACAAGUGUGAAUGAGAUGUCCAGAUCUUAUUUGAGCAAUGAACGUCGCUAUAACUACACCACACCCAAAUCAUUCCUUGAACAAAUCAAAUUGUAUCAAAAUUUACUAUGUAAAAAAGGCAAGGAAUUGACUGCUAAAAUGGAACGAUUGGAGAAUGGCUUACAGAAACUCAACAGCACAUCAGCACAGGUAGAUGACCUGAAGGCCAAACUUGCAGCUCAAGAAAUGGAGUUGAAACAGAAGAAUGAAGAUGCUGACAAAUUGAUACAAGUGGUAGGAGUGGAAACAGAGAAAGUGAGCAAGGAGAAAACCAUCGCUGAUGAGGAGGAGCAGAAGGUGGCACUGAUAAACCAAGAGGUCAAACAGAAACAAAAAGAUUGUGAGGAAGACCUGGCCAAGGCAGAACCAGCCCUUGCUGCUGCCCAGGCAGCUCUCAACACCCUUAAUAAGAACAAUCUGACAGAACUGAAAUCAUUUGGGUCACCACCUUCAGCUGUCAGCAAUGUCACUGCUGCUGUAAUGGUGCUCAUGGCCCCAGGUGGAAAAGUUCCCAAAGACAGAAGCUGGAAAGCAGCUAAGAUUACCAUGGCCAAAGUAGAUAGUUUCUUGGAUGCCUUAGUCAACUUUAAUAAGGAGAAUAUACAUGAGAACUGUCUCAGAGCACUUCAACCAUAUCUACAGGAUCCCGAAUUUAACCCUGAGCUUGUGACAACCAAGUCUUAUGCUGCUGCUGGUCUCUGUUCUUGGGUUAUAAAUAUUGUGAGGUUCUAUGAGGUGUACUGCGAUGUGGAGCCGAAGCGACAGGCUCUGAACAAAGCCAAUGCAGAACUAGCUGCUGCACAGGAGAAGCUGGCUAACAUCAAAGCCAAAAUUGCUCACCUUAAUGAAAACCUGGCAAAACUCACAGCCAAAUUUGAGAAGGCUACAUCAGACAAACUUAAAUGCCAAGAAGAAGCUGAAGCUACUGCAUGUACCAUCUCUCUUGCAAAUCGACUAGUUGGAGGACUUGCCUCUGAAAAUGUGAGAUGGGCAGAAGCCGUGAAAGGUUUCAAACAGCAACACAGUACACUGUGUGGAGACGUCUUGCUAACCACAGCAUUUGUCUCUUACUUGGGCUACUUUACAAAGAAAUACAGACAAGACCUGAUGGAUAGAAUCUGGAGACCGUACUUGUGCCAGCUAAAAGUCCCAAUCCCUGUGACUCCAUCAUUAGACCCUCUGACAAUGCUGACAGAUGAUGCUGAUAUAGCAACUUGGCAGAAUGAGGGCCUGCCAGCUGAUCGCAUGUCCACAGAAAAUGCCACAAUCCUUACAAACUGUGAACGAUGGCCCCUCAUGGUUGACCCCCAGCUCCAGGGUAUCAAAUGGAUUAAAACAAAAUAUGGUGAAGAUCUAAGAGUGAUCAGAAUUGGGCAGAAGGGGUAUUUGGAUAUUAUGGAACGAGCGCUUGCUGCAGGUGAAGUUGUUUUGAUUGAAAAUUUGGAGGAAUCUGUAGAUCCAGUUUUGGGCCCCUUGCUUGGUCAAGAAACAAUCAAGAAAGGAAGGUAUAUUAAAAUUGGAGAUAAGGAAUGUGAGUAUAACCCCAAUUUUCGUCUCAUCCUCCACACAAAGCUAGCAAAUCCCCAUUACCAACCUGAGAUGCAAGCACAGUGUACCCUCAUCAAUUUUACUGUAACUCGAGAUGGUUUGGAAGACCAGCUGUUAGCAGCUGUAGUGAGCAUGGAGAGGCCUGACCUGGAAGAACUAAAGUCAGACCUCACAAAGCAACAGAAUGGAUUCAAAAUCACCUUAAAAACCUUGGAGGACAGUUUGCUGUCCCGGCUCUCAUCAGCAUCUGGGAACUUCUUGGGAGACACAGCCUUGGUGGAAAAUUUGGAAAUCACCAAACAGACAGCUGCAGAAAUUGAAGAAAAGGUCCAGGAAUCCAAAGUGACAGAAACAAAGAUAAAUGAGGCAAGGGAACACUACCGGCCUGCUUCAGCCCGGGCUUCUCUGCUCUACUUCAUAAUGAAUGAUCUCAACACCAUCCACCCAAUGUACCAGUUCUCUUUGAAGGCUUUCAGUGUUGUUUUCCAGAAGGCCAUUGAGAGGGCCCUUCCAGAAGAGAACCUCAAAGAGCGUGUAAUAAACCUCAUUGAUAGCAUUACCUUCUCUGUGUUCCAAUAUACUACAAGGGGGCUUUUUGAAUGUGACAAACUCACCUACACCGCCCAAGUUACCUUCCAGAUACUUCUGAUGAAUAAAGAAAUUAACAUUGUGGAACUGGAUUUCCUGCUUCGCUAUCCCUUACAGCUAGGAGUCACGAGUCCAGUAGAGUUCCUAUCUAAUCAUUCAUGGGGUGGCAUCAAGGCUCUGGCAUCCAUGGAGGAGUUCCGGAAUUUAGAUCGGGAUAUUGAAGGGUCUGCUAAACGCUGGAAAAAAUUUGUAGAAUCUGAAUGUCCUGAAAAGGAGAAGUUCCCUCAGGAGUGGAAGAACAAGUCAGCUCUGCAGCGACUGUGCAUAAUGAGAGCCAUUCGGCCUGACCGCAUGACAUACGCUGUCCGGGAUUUUGUUGAAGAAAAGCUUGGGAGUAAAUAUACAAUAGGAAGAUAUCUGGAUUUUGCCAUAUCCUAUGAGGAGUCAGGACCUGCAACCCCAGUGUUCUUCAUCCUGUCCCCUGGUGUUGAUCCUCUGAAGGAUGUGGAGAAACAAGGGAAAAAACUGGGUUACACGUUUGACAACAGGAAUUUCCACAAUGUUUCCCUUGGACAAGGUCAAGAAGUAGUAGCAGAGCAAGCCCUAGACCUAGCUGCAAAGGAGGGUCACUGGGUUAUUCUUCAGAAUAUCCAUCUGGUGGCCAAGUGGCUGAGUUCUCUUGAGAAAAAACUUGAGCAGCACAGUGAAGGCAGCCACCAGGAAUUUCGUGUUUUCAUUAGUGCCGAGCCUGCACCUUCAGUUGACAGCCACAUUAUUCCCCAAGGAAUCCUGGAGAAUUCCAUCAAAAUCACUAAUGAACCCCCGACAGGGAUGCAUGCCAACCUUCACAAGGCCCUUGAUAACUUCAACCAGGAUACCCUGGAGAUGUGUGCCCGAGAGAAUGAAUUCAAAAGCAUCCUAUUUGCCCUCUGUUAUUUUCAUGCUGUUGUGGCAGAAAGACGCAAGUUUGGACCCCAGGGCUGGAACCGCUCCUAUCCCUUUAACACUGGAGAUCUGAUUAUUUCAGUCAAUGUCCUCUAUAAUUACCUGGAGGCCAAUUCAAAGGUUCCCUAUGAUGAUUUGCGCUAUCUUUUUGGUGAGAUUAUGUAUGGCGGGCAUAUUACAGAUGAUUGGGACAGACGACUUUGCAAAACCUACUUGGAAGAAUUUAUUAAGCCAGAGAUGCUGGAGGGAGAACUGCUUCUAGCUCCAGGAUUUCCUCUCCCAGGGAACAUGGAUUAUAACAGUUAUCACCAGUAUAUAGAUGAUGCCCUACCUGCUGAGUCUCCAUAUCUUUAUGGUCUCCAUCCAAAUGCUGAAAUUGGGUUCUUAACUCAAACCUCGGAGAAACUCUUCCGCACUGUGUUAGAGAUGCAACCUCAUGACACAAAUGUUGGUGAAGGAGGAGGAGCUACCAAGGAAGAGAAGGUAAAAGCUGCUCUGGAUGAGAUUCUAGAAAAACUGACUGAUGAAUUUAACAUCCCAGAACUGAUGGCAAAGGUUGAGGAGAGGACACCAUAUAUUGUGGUUGCCUUCCAGGAAUGUGAACUCAUGAACAGCCUCACGAACGAGAUAAAGCGAUCACUUAAAGAACUAGAUCUGGGACUGAAGGGGGAGCUGACCAUGACUGGUGAUAUGGAGAACUUGCAGAAUGCCAUCUUCCUGGACACGGUGCCUGAGUCUUGGACUAAGAGGGCUUAUCCUUCUAUGGCUGGCUUGGCUAGCUGGUUUGCUGACCUUCUCAACCGCAUCAAGGAACUUGAGACAUGGACAGGAGACUUCUCCUUGCCCUCCGUAGUGUGGCUAGCAGGAUUCUUCAACCCUCAGUCUUUCUUGACAGCCAUCAUGCAGUCCAUGGCCCGAAAGAAUGAGUGGCCUUUGGAUAAAAUGGCCCUGCAAUGUGACAUGACAAAGAAGAACAAGGAGGAUUUCAGCAACCCUCCUCGUGAAGGGGCCUAUAUACAUGGCUUAUUCAUGGAGGGUGCACGCUGGGAUGUGCAGACUGGGAUAAUCACAGAUGCCAGGCUGAAAGAACUCACCCCAGCUGUGCCUGUUAUUUUCACCAGAGCCAUACCUGCUGAUAAACAGGACACUCGCAGUGUGUAUCCAUGUCCUGUGUACAAAACCCGUCAAAGGGGGCCAACUUACGUGUGGACUUUUAACCUUAAAACUAAAGAAAACCCUUCCAAGUGGGUCCUUGCUGGCGUAGCAUUGCUACUGCAAGUUUAGUUGCAUCAAGGCAGGAUGUAUUCAUGGGAAACUUUCAACCACUUCUUAUUUGAAUUUUUAAAGGGAUAUAUGAAAGAUGAAAUAACUAUGUUUAGACUAAUAAGUACUGUAAUUUCUCAAACUCAUUCUUAAAAAUGUCAUGUAUAGCAAGAAACACUGAAGAAAUAAUGUAGGAUGGAUUCUCUGCUACUGUAAAUUAGAGAAUUGCUUUUUACCGUAUUUACGUGAAUAGAAGAUGACUCUGAUUAUAAAAUGACCCCCCACCCCAUAAUUAGUUCCUAUGUAUGGGAAAUGUAUAAUUUUGUUAUAAUUUUCUAGAUAUAUAAUCUUA